AUGUUGAGAAGACAAGCUCGUGAAAGAAGAGAUUACUUGUAUCGUAAAGCUCAAGAAUUACAAGAAACUCAACUACAACAAAAGAGAGCCAUCAUAAGACAAGCUUUGGCUGAAGGGAAACCAUUACCCAAAGAAAUUGCCGAAGAUGAACAAUUACAACAAGAUUAUCAAUACGAUCAAACUAUUGCCAAAGAAAAUACAACUAAUGACGAUGAAGAUUCGAUAGAUGACGAAUAUUCGGCCACUUCAGGUAUUCAAGACCCUCGUGUCAUUGUUUCCACUUCAAGAGAUCCAAGUACAAGAUUAUCUCAAUUCGCAAAAGAAGUGAAACUUUUAUUCCCCACUUCCAUCAGAUUAAAUAGAGGUAACUAUGUCAUGUCUCAUCUCGUGGCCGCCUGUAAUAAAUCUAAUUCCAGUGAUUUGGUCAUCUUACAUGAACAUAGAGGUGUCCCAACUUCCUUAACUAUCUCACAUUUACCUUAUGGUCCUACUGCAUUUUUCUCCUUACAUAACGUCGUCCUUAGACAUGAUAUUUUAAAUAGUGGGAAUCAAAGUGAAAUUAAUCCUCAUUUGAUUUUUGAAAAUUUCACUACAAAAUUAGGUAAAAGAGUAGAAACUAUUUUAAAACAUUUAUUCCCUCCAGGUGUCAAAAAGGAUUCAUCAAGAGUAAUCACUUUUGCCAAUAAUGGUGAUUACAUUAGUGUAAGACAACAUGUAUAUGUAAGAACAAGAGAAGGUGUGGAAAUGGCCGAAGUUGGGCCAAGAUUCGAAAUGAGAUUAUUCGAAUUAAGAUUGGGGACUCUGGAUAACAAAGACGCUGAUGUUGAAUGGAAGUUGAGGAGAUUUGUAAGAACAGCUAGUAGAAAGGAUUAUUUAUAG